UUUUGUAAAGAGAGUAUAUAACAAUUACGUUCACUUAAUAAUCAAACUCUGAUUGAACACGUACAAGAAAAUUCAACUUUUAUGAAGUCAGUCGAAUCUGUGAUGCCGAGCUGUUCAGACCCAAUUGAAGAUGCACUGGCAUGAUAAUGAAUAGCGUUAUUAUCGACCUAGUGCUUCUGAUCAACGUAGUGUUACUGAAAACUACACUGGCCAACAAGUGUGAUGCUGCAUCUUAUCAAGUAGCAGGUCACGUGCUCCUUCAUCACGUGAUCCAGUCUUUACAGGGUACUAGUUCUAUAGUCAGCUGUCUUGACCAUUGUGACGGCAACCCGUCAUGUCACAGCAUCAACUGGUACAGUAAGACAGGUCUAUGUCAGCUGAACAACGGAACUCACCUCUCCUACCCUGAGGGUCUUGUGACAGACUCGACUGGAAGGUACAUGCUGUACAGCCCUCACCCGAUGGUUGCCUGUAGCAACACGUUUUGUAGUCAUGAAGACGUUUGUCUGAUGGAAAAGGACGGGAUCAACUAUCGAUGUCAAUCUGAAUGCAUGUCACCUUUUGGGAUGCAAGAUGGACGCAUUCAAGAUUCCCAGAUUACCGCGUCAUCCACGUGGAACGACAAUGGGUUCAGCCCAGAUAGAGGCCGGUUACACUUGACUACCGGUAUUGGAGCCUGGUGCGCUAGGACACUAACUGUAGGGGAAUACCUUCAAAUUGAUUUGAAAAAGGCGUGCAAAAUCAGCAAAAUAUCCACACAAGGUAGACMUGACUAYSMUCAGUGGGUUAAAAAGUACUACCUCGAGUACAGUCAAGAUGGCAGAAACUGGGAAUUGUACAAAUAUGGCGGUUUUGUUAAGCAUUUUCAAGGCAACGUUGACAAGACCUCAGUCGUAACUUACAAGCUUCCAUCAAUAAUCCAAGCAAGAUUGAUCAGAUUUGUGGCACUGAAGUGGAAAGAYCKCGCUUGCAUGAGGGUYGAGAUAUAUGGAUGUGAUUAGCCAAUCUUUUUGAUGUUAUUUUUGAUCACUUUUUUCCUCCCUAACGGGAACAUAAGAAAAUUUAUGUUAGUAUUUCUCAAAAAAGAUAAAAAAUGUUAUUUGUUUUUUUUUGCAUGCAUAACUGCACUCUUCAUGUCAAAUACGUUGUAUAAUGAAAUAAAUAAAUAAUCAAUCAAUGCAGCAUGGCUUGAUACGUUUCUGGCAGAAAUUCGAUAGGUUGUCAA